GAAAGGCCACCAAAGCCGCUGGAUCUUAGACUUACUCCUCUCUGUUCCUCCGGCAUACCUCUGUCCUUCCAAUCUGCUCUUAUGUGAGCUAUUUGAGCAAGACUGAAAGUGAAAGCAUUACGAGCUAUUCACGAUAAGCUUAAAGACUCAAGCAAUAACCUUGAUUGGACGAAAAGCGGGGAUCCAUGCACAUCCAACUGGACUGGUGUUAUCUGCUACCCUGAUCAAAACGGCUGCUAAAAUUGAAUCUGUUCGGAGAACUAUCUCCUAAACUUGGUGAACUGACUUUUGUGACAAUAUUGGAUUUUAUGUGGAAUCAUAUCAGUGGCAGCAUACCAAAGGAGAUAGGCAGCCUAAGUAAUUUGAAAAUCUUGCUAUUGAGUGGAAAUAAUCUUACAGGGCCUUUACCGGCUGAGCUUGGUUAUCUGCCUAAUUUAAUAAUACUUCAAGUGGAUUAUAACAAUAUAACUGGACCACUGCCGAAAUCAUUUGCUAAUCUGCGUAGUGCCAAGCACUUUCAUUUGAACAAUAACUCAAUCAGUGGCCAAAUCCCCUCAGAGCUCUCCACCUUACCUCAACUUUUGCAUUUCAUGUUGGAGAAUAACAAUUUGUCGGGACACCUACCGGAGGAGUUCUCACAGCUGCCAAAACUAAGAAUUCUCCAACUUGACAACAACAACUUUGUGGGAACAAUUCCGCCUUCUUAUAGCCACAUGUCUGGACUUGUGAAACUGACUCUGGGAAACUGUGGUUUGCAAGGACCUGUUCCUGACUUAAGCAGCAUAAAACACCUUCGUUAUGUAGAUCUGAGUUCAAAUCAGCUCACUGGAAUGAUACCCACGAAUAGGCUUUCUGAUAACAUCACUGCAAUUAUUCUUUCCAACAAUUUGCUUACCGGACCCAUCCCAACAAAUUUUUCAGGCCUACACUUACUUCAGAAAUUGUCACUUGAUAAAAAUAAGCUGAAUGGCAGUAUUCCUUCCAGUCUUUGGCAAAAUGUGAUCCUAAAUGGUUCUGCAAGACUUCUCCUAGAUUUUGAGAACAAUCUGUUUACAAAUAUUACAGGAAGUCUAGAUCCUCCUGCAAAUGUCACCAUUAGGCUUUAUGGAAAUCCUGUUUGUGGGGGAGGAAACGCACUGAACACAGCCCAGUUCUGUGGACCCUCAAAUGGAGAUGUCGAACCUUCUGGAAGCUCAAGUAACUCUACUGACUCAUGUCCACCUCAAAGCUGUCCAACCAGUGAAGGUUACGCAUAUCUUUCAGGAUCUCCUGUCCACUGCUUCUGUGCUUUACCUCUUGAAGUUUUAAUACGAUUGAGAAGUCCUAGCUUUGCUGAUUUCCGCCCAUAUAUUUAUGGUUACAAGGGGUCCAUGACAUCAUUUCUUGAAUUGGAUCAGUAUCAGCUAGUCAUCGAUCCAUAUAUAUGGGAACAAGGUCAUAGGCUGUCAAUGUUCUUAAAAUUUUUCCCACAGGCCAAUGAAAACGAUACCCAUACAUUCAACAGUAGCGAGGUCCAGCGACUAGUGAACCUGAUUGCUACCUAUUCCGUACCUUUUGAUGACAUCUCUGGCCCAUAUGAACUGUUCAAUUUUACAUUUCUUGGACCUUACGGUUCUGUGUUUCUCCAGAUUCCAAAAUCUGGUAUGAGCAAAGGGGCUCUAGCUGGCAUCAUCUUGGGGUCCAUUGCCUGUUUCUUUAUAGUUGCAUCAACUGUGGCUGUUGUUCUCAUCUACUGUAAAAAACAUAAGCAGUCCCAACCUGGAGUUACAAAGAACCGGACAAGUUUUAAAGUUCCAAUCAAAACUGGAAGUGUUAAGGACUUCAGCUUUGAGGAGCUUGAAGAGGCAACAAGUGGUUUUUCUAUCACUACUCAAGUUGGCCAGGGAGGCUACGGAAAGGUUUACAAAGGCGUUUUAGCUAAUGGAACUGUGGUGGCAAUCAAGCGUGCACAUCAGGGAUCUUUGCAAAGUCAGACAGAGUUCAUCACUGAAAUAGAAAUUCUGUCAAGACUACAUCACCGCAACCUGGUUUCAUUGGUUGGAUACUGUGAUGAACAAGGCGAGCAGAUGCUAGUUUAUGAGUAUAUGCCUAAUGGUUCCCUCCAAGAUCUCCUUUCAGGGUCCAAGAAUUCUGUAAGUCUUACUACCAGACUACAUAUUGCAUUGGGAUCAGCCAAGGGCGUCCUCUACCUUCAUAGUGAAGCAGACCCUCCUAUAAUCCACCGGGAUAUCAAGGCGAACAACAUACUCUUGGAUAACAAUUUGAAUCCUAAAGUUUCUGAUUUUGGAAUCUCAAGACUUGUGCCAAUAACAGAUGAUGAAGGAGCUUCAGCCCAUAUUUCCACAAAUGUGAGAGGCACACCGGGCUAUUUAGAUCCAGAAUAUUUCUUGACUCACAAAUUAACUGAGAAGAGUGAUGUUUAUAGUCUCGGAAUUGUUUUUCUACAACUUCUAACUGGAAUGCAGCCUAUAUCUCAUGGCAGAAAUAUUGUCCGCGAGGUAUCCGCAGCUUGCCAAUCUGGGAUGAUGCUUUCCAUGAUUGAUCAGUCCAUGGGUACAUAUUCUUCCGAAUGCAUCAAGAAAUUCAUGGCACUGGCUCUCAAGUGUACCCAUGACAAGCCGCAACCACGGCCAACCAUGCUGGAGGCUGUCAGAGAGCUUGAGAACUUGAUUACUUCCCUAAGAGAUUCUGAAACUGCUCCUUCAGACUCAGAUGCCUCUGGUUCCGGAGUAUCAUCAGGGAUUGGGAUAGCUCCUCGACAUGUUUCUUCAGACAAUAGCCCCCAUGAUUAUGCUGAGUUCAUGGGAAGUAAUCUUAUCAGUGGCGUCAUACCGACAAUCGGGCCCCGCUGAUGCACUCCAAUGUUUAGAAUUUACUAUUUGCAGUAUGAAACCAACUCUCAUCAGUUAAAUAAGUUUGAUGAAUAUUGAAGAAAAGUGUAAUGCAUAGCUCUUGUUUCUUGUUUGCUGUAACAAGGAUGCAUGUAAUGCAUUACAUGUAUAAUUGUGUACCUUUAACCGUUCUGCUUAAUACUCAAUUGUAAGAUGACAUUUUAUGUGAAAUGGGAAAUGAAAUAAUAUAUUUAUA